GCGCGUCACACGCGGCCAUGGCGGAGCCCGAGCGGUCCGAGCUGGAGCUGCUGGCGCAGCGGAUCCGCCUCUUCCCCGACUUCCCCUCGCCCGGCGUGCUGUUCAGGGACGUGUCGCCGCUGCUGAAGGACCCCGCCGCCUUCCGCGCCUCCAUCCGCCUCCUGGCGCGGCACCUGCGGGCGGCGCUCGGCGACCGCAUCGACUACGUAGCGGGCCUGGACUCGCGGGGUUUCCUGUUCGGGCCGUGCCUGUCGCAGGAGCUGGGCCUGGGCUUCGUGCCCAUCCGCAAGCGCGGGAAGCUGCCGGGCCCCACCGUGAGAGCCUCGUACUCGCUGGAAUACGGGACGGCUGAGCUGGAGAUCCAGACAGACGCCCUGGAGCCCGGGCAGAAGGUGGUGGUCGUGGACGACCUGCUGGCCACUGGCGGAACCAUGCGAGCUGCCUGCGAGCUGCUGGGCCAGCUGCAGGCCGAGGUGCUGGAGUGCGUGACCCUGGUGGAGCUCACCUCCCUGCGAGGCCGCGAGAAGCUGGGGCCAGUGCCCUUCUUCUCCCUCCUGCAGUUCGAGUGACCCCGUGGCCUGCCAGCCCCCCUUCAGCCGGGAAAGUGUCAUCCCGGAGCCACCAAAGUGACCUUUGCUGGGCACCACAGCCACUGGCUGCCGGGUGACACCCCAGUGCCCCGGGGCCCUCCUGGAAGUGCCAAAGCCUGGAGCAGGCGCCCUGGGGCACAACCCUGUGUGCGGCCUGUGUCCAGUUAAAAACUCAGCAAGAGAACACGAGUAAACGUCUCUGC